AAACCCGUGCGGUACAUGAUCAUCCAGAGUGAUUAAUAUUAUUGAUGCGAUUGAGUUUGGAUUUCAAAAAAAAAUGAAGAAAUUUUGUUGAUGAAUGGCAUACUUAAAUGUAAAUGAGAUCGAAUUGCUUGACAUAAUCUGGCCCAAAUGCUUAAUGUACUUCAAAUCAUUUGGGUCGCUCACUCAGGUCUACUUCAAACAGACCAAAUGUGAGUCCAAGGCCCAAUUUUAGCAAAACGAGACUAUCCAUGCUUUUAGGAAUUAUGGGCCGUUGGUGAGUCCUGCUAUGUAGGAAUAGCCCUCAGGCGUAAACAACGGAAGUCCAAAUCCUGCCGGUUACUCUUUCUCCGUCACAGACGACGUUUCCUUAAUAAUAAUAACGUUUUACUCAAAUCCAACGGUUAAUAGCCUCUCUCUGUUAUGACUAAUCUUACAGACACCCAUGGUUGAUUGGCCACCGCAGCACACCCUCCAUCCUCCCUUCCGUCCUCCCCUUCUCUGCAAUGCGCCUUGUGUGUCCAAAAUUAAUCCGGAAACCCUAACAGCGAUCGAAUGGCUAAUUGGAUCUCGAACAAACUUAAAGUCGCUGAAACAUUCCUUCAACAGAUCGAUCAGCAAGCAGCGGAAUCACUUAAGAAGGGCGAGAGUCCGCCUCGAUCUGAUGACCAAACGCUCAAUGUCGCGGCGAAGGCGGGAGGCUCUGUGCCAUUGAAGGAUCAGCUGAAGAAGAAAACACAAGAAAGAAACGAGGGUGAUUAUCAGGGCAAAUUUCGCAGUGAUUUGAAUGUUAAUCCGCUCAAUAACAGUGACGAGAGUAGUUAUAUCAGAGAGCCUAAUACUUAUCGUGAUAUAAAUAAAGAUAAAGAGAGUUUGAGUACCCCAAAACUAGCACCUAAACCUCCCAAGCCUACUCUUACUGAUAGUGACUGGACUGAGCUCCUUGGCACAUCCAAUCAGCCCACUACUUCUGUGAAUCGUAGCAAUGGAGUGUCUGGGAUUCGUGGGUUGAGGAGAGAUGGUAGAAGGCAGGGGAGUCCAGGUUCGGUUUUAGAGGGGAAAAGGAAUCAGAGGACUGGUAAUGGUGUGACUAACAGUGCUUCAAAUGUGGAUAAAUUGUUGGGAAAUAGAUUCAGUGGGAAGCCUAGUGAUGGAGAGGAGUCUAGUAGCUCUUCUGGCAGGCCUUCAAGUGUGGAAAUGCAGAAUGAUGGCAAGAAUUCAGAAGGACAGGGAUUGGAUCGUAAAGAUACAGGUGGGAAUCUUGUGGUGAAACAGAUUGAUGAGGGAAAGGAAGGGAUUGGUAGGCUGUUUGAUUCUAGGGAAAUUCCUAUAGAGGAUGCCUUGCAGUCAGGGAACAAGAAUAAGCCUUUGGAAACAAUGUCCAAAUUAGGGGAAGUUGAUGGGGUGUUUGAGGUGAAGAAGGAAGUAGAUGGUGUUUAUGAUGAGUUGCGAAAUGUUAAGGGCCUUAAGGCUAAGUAUGGUUCCAGAAGUUCUAUUUCUGAUAAUCAGAAAAGAGGUUCUUCAGUAAGUGAUGAGGGAUCCGAUUAUGAUACAGAAUCUGGUUCAGGUUCAACGUCCGACUCAGAAAGUGAACGUGAGAGGGAGCAAAGGAGGAGGAGGAGGAGGAAGAUAUUGACUGAGAAAGCGGCAGCAAAGGCUGUGCAGGCCAUCAAAGAACGGGAAAAUAUGGUUGCUAGGUUGGAGGGUGAGAAGCAGAGCUUAGUGAAAAUACUUGAAGAACGAGCAAAGCAACAAGCGCAAGAGGCUUCAGAGCUCCAAACAAGUAUGAUGGAAUCAAUGGAAGCUUUUGAGAGAGAGAAGCAAAAACAUAACAAUACUAGAAUGGAAGCCUUUGUGCUAUUAGCUACACUGGAGACUGCAAAUGCUGAACUUGCAAGAUCCCUUGCUUCUGCACAGAAGAAUCUUGAAGUAGAGAUUAAUCAGGUGGCAGAAAUACGGCAACAACUGGAGCUGAAAGAAGUGGCUCGUGAAGAUCUCAGGAGGAGGAUCUUCAAGUCUCACGAGAGUGGAACUAACCUAAACCAAUUGGUGGCUUUGAAAGGAGUUCAAUUUGAACAAAAGAUACUUGAAGCAGAGUAUUCGGUCAUUGUUGAUAAAAUUCGACAAUUGCAGGAUAAGGCUAAAAAGCUAGAAUCAGAUUAUGAAAUGACAAGGAAGGAGAUAGAGGAACCAACAGAAGUUGAACUCGAACUCAAGCGAAGGCUUGGUCAGUUGACUGACCAUCUAAUUCAGAAACAAGCCCAGGUUGAGUCUCUCUCUUCAGACAAGGCCACUCUUUUAUUCAGAAUAGAGGUAUGUCACCCUUGUUUUCAACUUUUCAUUAUACAAAGAAAGAGCAAAGAAGCUUUUGUCAUUAAGGUUUGGCAUAAACAUAACGCUCCGCAGGCAGUUUCAAGGAUGCUAGAUGAGAAUAAAUCAAUGAUUACUAGCUCAUCGUCAGGGUAUUUGGAGUCUGGAAAUUGGGAAUCCUCUGAAUCAAAGCUGAGGCCACUAUUUGAAGACAAAAUUCGUUCAGGCAGGAAGCACUUGGGAUCAUUGCUUCAGCAGUUGGAUGCAAUUUUCCUGUCUGGUUCUGCGUUGCUGAGAAGGAAUCCAACGGCCAAGUUAUGGGCUAUGAUUUACCUAGUUUGCCUUCACCUUUGGGUAAUUUACAUACUUAUGUCACCUUCACAAGCAACAUAUGAGGGAAAAUCUGGAGCUGUUAUUUCUUUGCAGAACAUCAAUAACACUGCAGGUUUUCAAUAAUUUUCUGUAAAUGGUGUAUUUUUUAGUUCCAUUUUUACCUCAGCUUUUAAAGAGGUUUGUGUAGAAUGUAUUAUAUCUCACAUUGCAAUGGAGUUUGCUUCUGAUACCAGAUUAAUUAUCACUAAUAGAGAUACUGAGAUAGAUUUAA